UCCGGAUUCUCAAGGUGGACGAAACCUACUCCCCGUAUCCACAGAAAAAAACUCAUCCACAUCCAAUUUGUCAUGCAAAACACGUAUUAAGUCAUGGGUUUGUCAUGCAAAAAAUGGAUGUCGAUGGGUGUUUUUCUGUGGAUACCCCGGCCCAGGCGGAGGAAGAGGCGGACCGGCUGCAUCUAUGCGUUGCAAAAGCAUAAUAUCGUACUACGCGACAAGUCGCAUGACAACAAGUGUAUCUAUUGUGGAGCGCGAAAAAUAUGGAAUUUGUAUUGCAGCUGAAGAUCUACUUCAAGAUUAGCCCAGAGAUGUCACGCAAUAUUAUUGCGAUUAAAGCACAAUAUAGUAGUACGAAGAACUUUUGCAAAGUUGAUAGCAUCGGCCGUACUACUAUUCCAACAGCUACGAGAAGGAAACGGUGCGCGACAUCUUUCCGCUCAGCGGCGCCGCGGUGUUUCAGGAAGACGAAUUUGGAGGGAGGACGGGUAGUACGACAGAGACUGGGUCUUUGUUUCCCGUCAUGGAAGUCGUCGGACGGAGGAGGAACUACUCGGUGGAUCUCGAAUUUUUCGACGAAGGGGGCGCAGCUUGUAUUGGUGGUUCUACCAUUAACCAGGAACAGGAGGUGGAACUACUGCAGGCAGGCGGGGCGGCCGCGGGGGCUACAGUGGAGUCGCAAGCAGCGGUGGGCAGG